GUGACCGUCGUGUCAAACAUGGCUGCGCUCUUAACACUCCUACGAAUGAUCUGCAGUUUUUAAGACGAAUUUAGGUCCGGUCACUGAAUAUUUUAAAGUUUAAAUUUAGCAACGAGGCUUAAGCUAACGUCGUCAACAUGAUUCUGCCUGUUCUGUUUCGGAGCGGAGUUUACGUAGGGGAAGCGGCGUUUUUAUCACGUUUUUCACGAUUUAAAUUCUAUAAACGGAAAGUCCACGGAUCAGGUCUGAGCUACACCGUAUUCAGACACCGCUGGAUGAAAAUAACGCACUUUAAGAAUGGAUUUAAAAUGAUGAGUACACAGGCUAACAAGGAGGCUGUGGACUUGUCUGUGUUUCCUGUGGAGAGAAUCAGGAACUUCUGCAUUAUUGCUCACAUCGACCACGGCAAAAGUACACUGGCAGACAGACUAUUGGAGAUCACAGGUGCGAUUUCUACCACAGAGAAAAACCAUCAGGUUUUGGACCAGCUCCAGGUGGAGAAAGAGAGAGGCAUCACUGUGAAGGCCCAGACUGCAUCUCUGUUCUACCACCACCAGGGAGCGCCACACUUGCUCAAUCUCAUAGACACACCGGGUCACGUGGACUUCAGUUACGAGGUGUCGCGCUCAAUCUCAGCCUGUCAGGGAGUUCUGCUCAUUGUAGAUGCCAAUCAGGGAAUCCAGGCUCAAACAGUGGCCAACUUUUAUUUGGCUUUUGAGGCUCAGCUCGCAAUAAUCCCUGUCAUCAAUAAGAUUGAUCUGAAAAAUGCUGACCCAGAGCGAGUGGAAGCUCAGAUAGAAAAAGUGUUUGAUAUUCCACGAGACGAGUGCAUCAGAAUUUCUGCUAAGCUUGGCACAAACGUUGAUAAAGUCCUUCAGGCGGUAGUGGAAAGAAUUCCUCCCCCGGCGGUGAGCCCCUCCUCCUCACUUCGAGCACUGGUUUUUGACUCGAACUUUGACCAUUAUCGCGGCGUCAUUGCAAAUGUCGCUCUGUUUGGAGGAAAAGUGAAAAAAGGAGAUCGGAUUGUCUCAGCUCAUCUGAAGAAAACCUAUGAAGUCCAAGAGGUCGGGAUUCUGAGACCCAGCGAACUGCCCACCAACCAGCUUUUUGCUGGUCAGGUGGGGUAUGUGAUUGCUGGGAUGAAGGACGUGAAAGAAGCUCAGAUAGGAGAUACCCUCUUCCUGCAGGAGGCGGAGCCAGUGGAGCCUCUGCCUGGGUUUAAACCUGCCAAACCCAUGGUGUUUGCAGGGAUGUUCCCCAUGGACCAGUCUGAGUACACUGGGCUCCGGAGCGCCAUCGAUAGGCUGACUCUGAAUGACUCUUCUGUCACUGUGCAGAGAGACAGCAGCUUAGCCCUGGGAGCAGGCUGGAGAUUGGGUUUCCUGGGCCUUCUUCACAUGGAGGUGUUUAAUCAACGUCUGGAGCAAGAAUACAACGCCUCAGUGAUCGUCACUGCCCCAACUGUCCCCUAUAAAGCUGUACUGUCCUCUCCUAAACUCAUCAAGGAGCAUGGCAGUGAGGAGAUCAUCAUAUUAAACCCAGCCCAGUUCCCAGACCGGUCUUUGGUCUCUCAGUACCUGGAGCCCAUUGUCAUAGGAACCAUUUUAGCUCCAGAUGAUUACACUGGAAAAAUCCUAAGUCUGUGUGCGGGCCGCAGAGGAGUUCAGAAAAGCCUGUUAUACAUUGACGACCAUCGUGUGAUGAUGAAAUACAUGUUUCCUCUGAAUGAGAUCGUGGUGGACUUCUACGACCUGCUCAAGUCCAUGUCCUCAGGAUACGCCAGUUUUGAUUAUGAGAACGCAGGAUACGAGGCUGCAGACCUAAUCAAGAUGGAGAUUCUACUGAACGGGCGCCCGGUGGAGGAGCUCACCACCAUUGUGCACAGGGACCGUGCAUACACUAUGGGUAAAUCCAUGUGUGAACGUCUGAAAGACUCGAUACCUCGACAGAUGUUUGAGAUUGCAGUGCAGGCGGCAGUCGGGAGUAAAGUCAUUGCCCGGGAAACAAAAGCAUACAGGAAAAACGUACUGGCCAAAUGUUAUGGAGGAGACAUCACAAGGAAGAUGAAGCUGCUGAAGCGACAGGCUGAAGGGAAGAAGAAAUGAGACGCAUCGGGAAUGUGGACGUGCCCAAAGAUGCGUUUAUCAGUGUCCCUAAAGAGGAUGGAUAAAU